AUGUCAUUUGUGGGGCUAUUCUUCCCACCCAAUGCUGUCCGUCUGUCUGUCCAUCUCUCCCUCUCCUCAGCCGGAGGGUUGUCAGGCUCGGAAGCAUUUCUCUGCCUAUUUGUCUGUUUAAUCGGUCAGAAGAGGCUGGCCAAUAGGCUGGGAAGGCCCCAUAACAACUUUCGACCAGUACCAUCGACAAUGCAGCCCUCGGUCGAGCAUGCCAGCCUCACGACGGCACAGUCGGUGACUGUGACGACCCAUCGCCGGAGGCGACAAUCCCUACGCCAUUUCGUCUCUGACGCGAUAGUCUGUCAUCCUCCAUUCUCUGCUGUCCUCGCUUCUCUGCCGCUGUGA